UGGCAGAAGAAGAGCGGUAAAAAGUAAACAAAAGAAACCAUCUUUUGCCUAUGACCAAUUUGUAAUGAGAAUCGGGAAAGAUUUCCGUGCGAUAUCUGUAACCAAAGCUUUUUAACUCGGUAUACAUACAAAAAACACAGGCUAUCACACGAAACCAACCGCAAAGCAAUAUAUCAAUGUGAUCAGUGUGAAAAAUCAUUUCUUCAUAAAAAUGGUCUAACAAUCCACGAGCUCCAUCACAAGGGAGCUACGAUAGAAUGCCAAGUUUGUCAAAAACGUUUGUGCGGCAAAUAGACCUAGAUGUUCAUUUACGCACUCAUUCUGGAGAAUCGCCAUUUGUGUGUCACCUUUGUGGAAAAUCUUUCAUCCACAAACGUAUUUUAAAUAGGCACAUGCAGUACCAUGGAUAUUUCAGUUACAAGUGCGUGAUUUGUGGUUCUAAAUUCUCCAAAUAUGAUCAAUACUAUAAUCAUCGCAUGCAACACACUGGAUUACCUUAUAAAUGUGGCGUUUGUGAAAAGCAGUUUCCAGAUGCUUACAAGUUAGUAAUAAAGAUUAAGCGUCAUAUAAGAGGUGUGCACAAAAUUGAAGAAGACAAGGAGGUGCAGAAACUCGUAAGAAUAAACAUAACAAAAGAAUAUAGAGGACGAAUAGUCGAAGUUUUGGAGAAACCAGAAGAUGAAAAUAAAUAAAAUUUUAACUCAUAUAAUAAUGGUAAAAGCUGUUUAUAUCAAUUUUGUAAUUAUUUAAGAAUACAUAUGUCCAUCGAUGCCGACGUAUAAUAUCUAUGUACAGAUGUACGUACAUGUUUGAAGAUGCUUUCAAUAAAAAAUAAUGAGCAUGGAAUGGCAAAUUUUUCUUGACCGUUUUCUUAAGAGCUGUAUACGGGGCAAUACUCGCUUUUUACCUCGUUAAUUUUCGUAGUAUAGGAACCAUCUUUAAACCACUUUGUACGAUGUUAUAAUUGUGGUUUACAACGACAAACAUGUAGUAUACAAUGCUAAUAUGUCUUACUACG